AUGACUACCUUUUCGAGAUCCCAACACGCCGACUCUUCUCGUCUGCAGCAUAGAUUUGCGCGCACUACGGAUACAGCCGCUCCAGCUUGUAAAACCAGUCUCCAGAUGUCUGGCGGGCCGUUUCAGCAAUGGACAUAUAUAUCAGAGGGCGGAUACGCCAACAACAGAGCUCAUGCUCCUGAUGAAGACCGUCAAGCGCAGACAGCAAGUCUGAAUUCCCGCUACCCCGCGCAAUCUCCUCCGCGCUUCCUUUUACCUGAUGGUCAAAGCCAGGAGCCGGCACUGGUCCAAAAUGCGAGCCUUCCUGGAGUUUCAGUGCAUGGCCGGGCAUGGGAUAGUGGAAGCGAUUCGAGGUACCGCUAUCCCCCAACAGCUGCCGGGUCUCUGGCGCAAUAUAGCAUACAGCGAUCGAGUGCAGCCAGGAACUUAGAGUAUGCGCCGCCACCAAGCUCAUAUUUUGAGACGUCAGGUCGUGGUCGUGGCUCUGUCGGCUCAAUUGGUCGUAUAAACGACGUGGAUUCCCAGUAA